AUGGCUGCAAGAAGAGAUAGGGGAAAAGCUAAUUACCGUUUGAUUGAGAAUUUAAAAGGUGAGAGAGAUGAAGAACUUCAAGCACUUCGUAGACAAAUUGAGGAACUUGCCUUGCAAAUUGAACACCAUGAAGCUCUUAUGAAGCAUCGUGCAUCAAAACGCAGAGUUGCAACUUGCAAGUGUCAAUUAUGGAACGCUGGGACACCAAUAUUUCAUAAUUGGCUUGAAGUGGCCAGGGCUUGUACAGACGCUUAUGUGUUCAAGUACACCGAAGAAUCAAAUUUUAAGGUGGAAAAGCCAAUUGAGAACAAAGAAAAUCCAGAUUUCGAGGGGCAAAAUGAUAUUUUUAUAUUAAAAUAA